UCCGUCGCCCCGCCCACUCUGCCUCUUCACACGGCUCCUCAACUUUAACUAGUCUAUUUGAUUUCCCGCAGUUAGCAAAGGCACAACUGAAUCCAUUCUAAAACCCUUUUGGGGCGAGCAGCACCGCGCGGGAGGAGAACGACGGACAACAAGAAGGUGAAAUUGACUUUCCACGCGUGGACGCCGCUCCUUUCGUCGUUGGCGCGGCCGCGAUGGCGGCGGCGGCGGUGUUUCCGGGUGGAACGCCUUUUGUGCACACGGCACCGAACUGGGUUACUUGGUGCCGAGCGCACAAAGCAACGUGCUUGUGUUUAUGUACUGUGGGCUCGCUUUGACGUCGACGCUGCUCGGUUUUAACGCGUCCGACGGAUUCGGUGCCUAUUUUGACGUGGUUCGGAGGCCGCGGCAUCAAGGCCGUCUCAUCCGCUUCUUCUCCCUGCCAGCCGGCUGUGACGUGCCCAAGCGUCCUCGGUGAUGUGGCUGUUGCAAUGAGUGGAAAUGUCCUUGUCCUGAAAAGGACGAAACGCCGCCGUCGUCAAGCAUGACGCCAUCAUAGUCCGUGCUGAAAAGUGUUCAUAUAACACUAACAGGCACUGCUCCAUCUCCCAGCUGUCAUACCUGAUCGGGAAGUAAUGUCAUUUGGUGUUUUACUUUCUGACUUUUUGAUCAUUUCAAUAAAUACUUGAAGGUGAACGGAUGACCCUGAUUACUUUUUAUGUCCUGGCCAUAUUCUGAUCGUUGCGGCUCCAGACUCCACACAGUCGCUGCAACCUCAAAUAUGUUCCCAUCGCAUCCCAGAAACAUUUUUGGAGGAUCUAUUACCCGUUAAUCUUUAUUCUGUCUGUCAAACUGCAAUGUGAAGUUAUGGUUCGUUUCCUCGUCUCCUUGUUUCUUUGUCUCCUAACUGCCUUGUCACUUCUCAACCUGUCUCCCAGCCUCCCCAGUUUCCUUGUCUCUCGUUUUCUUAUCUCGUUUCCUUCCGUCAUAUCUUCCUCGUCUCCACCUCUCUCACUUUUAGUGUGUCCUAGCCCCCUUGUUUCCUAGUUUCAUUCUUCAGGAGAACAGCACGUUAUUACUCUGAAGAGACACUUGGAGGAAAAUCAAAGAUGCGGCAAGAGACGAUCCGGGCUGUCCUGGUUCUGGUCCAGGUCGUGACGUUCGUCCUGACGGCGGUGCCGUCGGCCGACGAUGUCUCGGUCGGGCCCCCCAAAUGCCUUGACAGCCAACGCAUUUCGUCGGCGGUUGUAGACGUGCAGCUGGCCGAGAAAAACCAGAAGAGACACCUGGAGGCGUUGUUCGACAGGUACGGCGAAAACGGGAGCAUCUCCCUGGUGGGCCUGACGCUGCUCUUGCGCAGUGUGGGCCUGGACCGCAUCAGGAACGUGACGGUGCAGCACCGCCAUCAUGACGAAUCGCAGGGGGCCUCCGCCAAAGAGAGGCAAAGGCGGAGCGCGGAUGAUGGCGAGGAGCAGCUCAGGGCCGCCGGAUCGGUUGCGGCUCGUCAGAUGCGCGCGGUGGCACAUCACGUGCACGAUGAGCACCACGAGGACCACCAUGACCACCACGACGACGACCAUCAUGACCAUCAGCAUGUUGAGUGCCAGAACGCGUCCAGCUUGCUGUGGUCGCACGGCAUGACGCAGGAGGGUGGCGUGGGACCAGACGACCUGGCCUUCCUUUGCCCGGCGCUCCUGCACCAGAUGGACGCCCGGGCCUGCAUCCUGGAUCAUGACCAUCGUGACCACGAUCACCAUGACGACCGGGGCGAGAGCAGCAAAAGCGUCAUGGCAGCGUGGCUGGGCGGCUUCCUGUCCAUCACAGUCAUCAGCCUGCUGUCACUUGUGGGCGUGGUGCUGAUGCCGCUCAUGAACAAGGUCUUCUUCAACUUCCUGCUCAGCUUCCUGGUGGCGCUGGCCGUGGGCACGCUCAGCGGUGACGCCUUCCUGCACCUCAUUCCUCACUCUCAGGUGGGCCACCAGCAUUACGGGCACGAGGGGCACAACGAAGAUGACCUGGACGGCAUGUGGAAGGGUCUGACGGCUCUCGGCGGCGUCUACUUGAUGUUUCUCAUCGAGCACUUCCUCACGCUGGGAAAAAUGUACAAGGACAGGAAGAAGAGGGAGCGGAAGAACAAAGACAACCUGGAAAAGCCCCUGGCCCUGAUGGAGCGCCACCCAAAGCCGAGCCAAGAGACCGAGUCCAACGGCGCCGGGGUGUUUGAGGACGGCGUGGCCGAGGAGGAACAGGUGAUGCUGAAGAAGUCGUCGGAGGCGGCAGCGGCGGCAGCGGAAGGCUACACGGCAGAGGACUGCGAGAACAAAUGCCACUCGCACUUCCACGACACGGUGGGCCAGGCGGACAGCCUGCACCAUCACCACCACGACUACCACCACAUCCUCCACCACCACCACUCGCAGAACCACCACCCGCACAGCCACAGCCACUCUUACCCACAGCACCACUUCCAGCAAGCCGGCGUGGCCACGCUGGCCUGGAUGGUCAUCAUGGGCGACGGCUUGCACAACUUCAGCGACGGCCUGGCCAUCGGUGCAGCCUUCAGCGAGAGUUUGUCCAGUGGCCUUAGCACCUCGGUGGCCGUCUUCUGCCACGAGCUUCCUCACGAGUUAGGCGACUUUGCUGUGCUGCUGAAGGCGGGCAUGACUGUGCGGCAGGCCGCCCUCUACAACCUGCUAUCGGCCACCACCGCCUACCUGGGCAUGGUGGUGGGCAUCCUCAUUGGCCACUAUGCGGGUGACGUCUGCAUGUGGAUCUUCGCCCUCACCGCCGGCCUCUUCAUGUACGUGACGCUGGUGGACAUGGUGCCAGAGAUGUUGCACAACAACGGCGGCGGCGAGCACGGUUUUGGCCACUGCGGCUACUUCCUGCUGCAGAACGCCGGUAUCCUGCUGGGCUUCGGCAUCAUGCUCCUCAUCGCUGUCCUGGAGCACCGCAUCCACCUGGAGCUGCACUUGUGACGUGGGCGCCGCCUUCUCGUCUUGUGUUUGGCCCUUUGCCUCGUAGGGCUUCUUGGUGAAGGGCGACUCGAGUGCCCCUCGCUAACGCUUUCUUCUCCACGGCCUCCAAAUGGGACUGGACCGUUGGAACCGGCCCGCUUUUGGCAAACGCUAGGUCAAGAUGUUACACUUAAAAUGUUUUCUAACUUGUUUCCUCUAAUUUGAAUAUUUUUUUAUAUAACUUGAAAAUAUUAAUGUUUUGAACUCCUCGGGGGGGGGGGGUGCAACUCAUUUUAUGGAGCCGUGGUUUCCCUCAGGGGCCGUUUUGACUGUGAAAUUCACAUCGAUGUUGUAUCACUUCCUCGUCACUUUUGCAUGUCUUUGUCUGCCUCGGGUUGCGAGUGAGCCAACUCGGAAGUCUUUGGAGACGCCAGCAGGCAUUUGGGCUGAUUUUUCUUUCGUUUUGUCUUUUAAUCCCACUCCAAGCUAGAGUUUGCUGCAAAACGUCAGAGAAACCAAAGACGAGUCAUAUAUUUUUUAUUUUCUGCGUAGAACAAGGGAGGGGAGUGAAGGCCCGCUCCCAGGUGGCCAAGACAGGAGCAGAACAAAGAGCAGCGUUGGCUUGAUGCAAUGUGCCAAAAACAAUGGCAUUUGGUUGAACUCUACGUCAAGGUCCAAGAUAACCGAGAGGCAUUUUUCUGACACGUAAACUCGCAACCCAAGGCCCCGCUGCGUCUUUGUUUUUGACAACAAACUGAAGUUGAAAUUGCAAGUCAAGGAAUAUAGUGAUGACCAAAUAGCAAUACGACUCGUACAGUUGCUAAGAAAAGUCUGUAAAAAGUGUAAACAAAUAUUUGCCAUGAUGAAGACAACCAUUUUUUUCUCUCUGGUUAGGUCAAAAAAAAAUUGUGUCAGUUAUAUGAGAGCCAAAAACUAGUAUUGAGGAUGGAUUGUUUUGCUUGGAGGUCCACUUGGUUACAGCAGCAGAUGUUCUCGUUGCAAGUUGGCAAUUUGUUUGCAAAGUGGCUCCGAUCCAUUGACAUUCCUUAUGACAAAUAAAUGUCAUAUCCACCCAA